AUGGUAGGCUUGAUAAAGCAUAGACGUCUUCCAGCCGCAUUCGAGUGCUACCAUAAUUUUCAUAGAGCUAAUGACGUAUCACCUGAAAACCUAUUUUAUAAAUUGGUUGUCCACGUGCACAGUGAUUCAGCAUUUAGGCUUUACCAGAAAGAGAUGAGGUUACCUUCAAAGCCUCCUUACCUUGUUUCAGGGUUAUAUCUGUUACUCUUUGUUAAGGAACUUUGCAAGGAAGUUAAAAUUUCCACAACUUGUCAGAUUGGCUUCUUUGUUGAUAUUAAUUUGUUCAAGUCAAACAAAGGGAGAGAUUCAGUGGCUCUGAAAAGCCUUGAUAACACGGUCAAAGAUGCCGGUGAAAAUUGUGGCCAACAAGGAAAGGAUGGUUUGGAUGAUGAUGAUGCUAACUUAAUGAUCAAACUGAAGUUCCUCACGUACAAGGUAAUUUUUUUCUCAGGAACCUUUCUGAUCCGCAAUGGCUUAUCAAUUCUAUUUAAGGAGGGGCCAGCAUCUUAUAAAGCCUCCUACCUUAGGUUAGCUGUUUUUUGCCUAUGCAUAUGUAGAUAUAGAGAGUUUAACAUUUUUCAUCUCUUUUCAAAUGUUCAGGACUGCUCACAUAAUAAAAAAUGUGGGAAUAAUCAGCUAUCUUCAUCAUUAUAUCUAAGCGAAGCUGAGCCAUUGCUUGAGCAGUACGCGGAAAGGAGCCCAGAGAAUCAGGCUUUGAUAGGUUCUGCUGGGAAUAUAGUGAGAGCUGAGGAUUUCUUGGCACUUGCUGACGGUGAUCUAGAUGAAGAAGGCGAUCUUGUGAAGAAAGAGAGAGUGACACCAGCUACUCAUGAGUCAGCUGUGCAAGAAUCUGUCAAGAAGAAUGAGGGGUCAAUUGUAUUCUUUCCCGGAAUUCCUGGAAGUGCUAAAUCUGCUCUUUGUGGCUUAAGAGAUGAUCGGCCAGUGCAUAGUCUGAUGGGAGAUCUUGUCAAAGGAAAAUAUUGGCCAAAGGUUGCUGAUGAACUUCGUAAAAAGCCACAAUCAAUUAUGUUGGCUGACAAAAAUGCCCCAAAUGAAGAUAUCUGGAUACAUAUUGAAGAAAUGUGCCGGAGAACUAAGGCUACUGCAGUUCCAGUCGUUACUGAUUCUGAAGGAACUUAUUCAAACCCAUAUUCACUUGAUGCCUUGGCUGUUUUCAUGUUCCGUGUACUUCAAAGAGUUGACCAUCCGGGGAAUCUCGACAAGACAUCUGCGAAUGUAAGCAAUGUGUUAUUGAUGUUUUACCAACUUUAUGAGGGAAAGAACCGCAAAGAAUUUGUAGCUGAACUGAUUGAGCGCUUUGACUCCCUCGUCAAGAUGCCACUGUUGAGAUUAUACAUGUGUCCUUUACCUGAUCCUGUUAAAUUGAUUCUUGAGGAAGGCAUUAACUUGUUCCAGUUCCACAGUAGAAGGCAUAAAAGACUUGAGUCGGCAAAAGGAACAGAUGCAGCGGAAUGGACUAAAUGGGAGAAACAGCUGUGCGAUACUUUAGCUGCACAUUCGGAGUAUCUCAACUCUGUUCAGGUUCCGUUUGAGUCUGCGGUUCAGCAAGUGCGAGAAGAGCUAAAAAGAAUCGAAAAGGGUGAAUACAAACCACCAAGUUCAGAGAAAACAAAACAUGGGUCUUUUAUAUUCGCUGCCAUCAAAUUGCCUGUAACUCAAGUCCACAGUCUUCUUAAAAAGCUGGCCGCAUCAAACCCAACAAUGAGAUCUUUUCUAGAGGGAAAAAAAAAGAGCAUAGAAGAAAAACUUGAACGGGCACACGUGACACUUGCCCACAAGAGAAGCCACGGAGUAGCAGCUGUAGCCAGAUACGGUCAGCAUUUAAACAAAGAGGUACUCGUAGAGUUAACCGAGCUCAUCUUCAACGACAAGAUGGCUGCUUUUACAGCCCAUGUCGGAUCUGUGGACGGAGAGACCAUACUCUGCAAGAACGAAUGGCCACAUGUUACAUUGUGGACUGCAGAAGGCGUUACCGCCAGAGAAGCCAACACGUUACCUCAGCUUUACGCAGACGGAAAAGCAAGCCGCAUGGUGAUAGAUCCUCCUGCCUCAGUCUCAGGUCCUCUGGAGUUUUUCUGA